AUGCCCCGCCUCCUCGCCCCGCUCCCCUCCCGCUCGCGCCGCCGCCGCCUCCUCGCCAUUCUGUCGAACACCUUCUCGGCGUCCACCGCCUCACCACACCGCGCGCCGCCCCCGCCGCCGCCGCCGCCGCUGCCGCAGCUCUCCCCGCUGCUCCCCCGGACCGCGGAGUCCUACGCCUCCAUCUCUGAGGCCGCGUCCGACAUCGCCGUCUCCUUCCGCGACUGGUUCCUCGCGCCCCGCGCCGCCGAGCCGCUCGCCGCCCUCGACUCGAUCUACGAGGCCCUCGCCUCGGACGACGCGGCGGCGCUCGAGGCGCUCCCGCUCUCGGAGGAGCUCGUCCUCUCGGUGCUCCGCCACCGCCCGCGGAGGCUCCCCGACGGCGACGCGGUUCUGCUGCUCCGCCUCAAGUUCUUCGACUGGUCGGGCCGCCGCCCGCACUACCUCCACACGCGCGCCGUCUACCAUGCCGUCUUCCGCCUGCUCUCGCGCGCGCGCCGCGCCUCUGUGGUGCUCGACUGGCUCCGCCUCUUCACCACCACCUCCGCGUCCACCGGGCAGCCGCGCUUCCAUCAGACGCUCGUCGUAGGCUACGCCGUCGCGGGCGACCCCCAGCGCGGGCUCAGCGUCCUCGGCCGCAUGCGCUUCCGCGGCAUGGACCUGGAUGCCGUCUCCUCCCGCAUACUCCUCAACUCACUUGUCGAUGCGUCAUUCCACGACUUGGCCGACUCCUUCGCCCGCAACCUUGCUGCUAGUCCCGUUGCAACCUGCAUCCGCAUCAAGAGCCUGUGCCGCCGCGCCCGCUUCAGCGAUGCCACUGCACUACUUGACACCCUUCCUUUCGCCGAAGCAUCCAGAGGCCCCGCCGCUGGCUCUAUUGUCACCGAGUUCUGCCGGCGUGGGCGCUUUGACGAGGCAGCCCAGAUUGUUGGUAAAUUCUCGUCAUGUGAUGUGUACGGCGCGUGGAUCCAUGGUCUCAUUGAGGCUGGGAUGCUUGAUACUACAUUGCAGUUCCUUUCUGAUAAGAAGGAGGCUGAGGGAUAUAUCCCUGACGGUCAGCGGUAUGAUAAGCUUGUCCACCGUCUUCUCCGCAAGAACAGACUUGGUGAAGUUUAUGAUUUGCUUGUGGAAAUGAUGGAGGAGGGCAUUGCUCCAGGCCGUUCAACCAUGAAUGCCGCGCUUUGCUUCUUUUGCAAAGCCGGGCUUGUGGAAGUUGCCAUGCAUUUGUAUAGAUCAAGAUUGGAUCUUGGGAUUAACCCAAACAAGGAUGUUUACAACAAUCUGAUCAGGGCACUGUGCCGAGGUGGGGCCACAGAAGAGGCUUGUCUGGUAUUGGAGCAGUCUAUAGAAGAUGGAUACUUUCCUGGCCGUCAGACAUUUGCAAUGUUCGCAAAUGUGCUGUGUCAGGAAGGGAAGCUAGAUAAGGUGAGGGAGCUGCUCGAUAGGGCUCUCAAGCAGGAGGCGUGGCCAAUGGACAAUGUAUUAGCCAAGUACCUUGUUGCAUUGUGCAAGAGUGGGAAUGUGGACGAGGCAUGUAAAGUGCCUCAGAUAGCGAGCAGCAAGAACCCUGCGGGCCUAUAUCGCUACGAAUCAACUUACAAGAGCUUGAUCAGAGCAUUAAUAUUGAUUAGGAGGGUGGAUGUGCUCCCAAGGCUCAUACUCGAAAUGCAAGAUAUGGGGCACAUCCCGACCCGAAGCCUCUACCAGUCAGUUGUUUGUGAAUUGUGUGAGCUGAGUAAGUAUGGUGAGGUUCUUGAGCUGCUGGAGAACCAGUUGCGGAGGAGUGAACUCCAACCCCGUGUGUGCUAUAACUACUUCAUCUCUGGGGCUGGACAUGCUAAGAAGGCUGAUGUGGCCAGGGAGGUGUACAACCGGAUGGAGUCUGCAGGGAUUGAACCAUCUGUCGAAAGCAAUAUCCUUCUUCUCAUGAGUUAUCUGAGGAGUAAGCGUAUUGGUGACGCACUGACCUUUUUCAACUUCAUUCAUGAGAAGAAGCCACCUGGGACCAAGAUGUAUAACGUAUUUAUAUCUGGUCUAUGUGAAGCUCGGAAGCCGGAGCAGGCAAUGGUAUUUUGGAGGGAAGCAAGGGAUAAAGGAUUAAUACCGAGCAUCGACUGCUAUGAACAGCUUGUGCUCCUUUUGAGCUCUGUUCAAGAUUAUGACAGUGUUGUGAAGAUUAUUGAUGACUUCAGGGAAACAGGGCGCCCUGUUUCAGCAUUCUUGUGUAAUGUGCUUCUGUUGCACACACUGAGGGGCAGCGAUCUUCUCAAGGCUUGGGCGCGUUCAGAAGAUAAAUCCGGGUCUCUUGAAGCAAGAGCUGGAGAGAUCAAAGGUCGGGGGGCAGGACGAUUCUUGAUUGGCCAACUUAUCGAGUUGUUUGCAAGCGGUAUCAGGAACAGGAGUGACUUGGAGGUUUUAGAAGAGGGUCUAGAACAGUUCUUUCCUGUCGACAUUUAUACUUAUAACAUGCUGUUACGCGGAUUGAGCAUGGCAGGGAGGAUGGAUUCUGCCUGUAACAUGUUCGAAAGACUCUGCCAAAGGGGCUAUCUACCGAAUCGAUAUACUUUUGAUAUAAUGGUACAUGGCUUCUGCAAGCAUGGCAGCAGAAGUGAGGCUGAAAGGUGGAUGGAGGCAAUGUACCGAAACGGGUUCUAUCCCACUUGGUACACUAUGAGGUUAUACAACAAUACAUCCUUGCGACCGCAUGAUCAGAAGGCCAUUUCAUUUGUAUAA